AUGAAUAGUUUCGUAAGGAAUCACUCAAUUUGGAAUGCAGAGAUGAGUAGUAGUAGUACUAAAGUACUUGCCCAAUAUAGAAAAGAGUUAAAAAAAGACUCAUUUUAUCAAUCUACACCAUUAAAUGUAAAUUGCAAAGAAUCAUCAACAACGACAAUCAAAUACACAUCUUUGGAGUACUUUGAGCAACAAUUCGAAUGUUCACUUGCAUACCAUAACUACUGCCCUCCAUGUCAUUACAGAGCAGUAUUGUUUUCUUUGCCAAUUGACUUCUCCCUCACUAUGCAAAUACAAUCAUUAGACACACAAAAUUCAUUUCAUAUACCAACCCUGUGGUGGUGGUGGAGACCAUCUGUCACAUCAUCUACUGCCACUCACAUUAGAAUUUUACAGGCACACCACAAUUCUACUAUAACAAACUACUAA